AUGAGCUGCUGCUGCCGCAGGUGGUCGCGCUCCCGAUGGGCUCCAGCUGGGCCCGCACAUGCGCCAGACCGCGCUGACGACCACACUGCUCCGAUCGGGGCUUCCCGCGGAGAACCUGAUCGCCGACGGCCACGGCGGCUGUCAGAUCUCCAGUGGCCCCGACUCGCUUGUGGGCGCCAGCUGCGCGGACAACUACUUCGUCCUCGGCAGCCCCCCGCCCAGGGCGCGCCGGCAGCUGCAGGCCGCCACGGGCGACAUGCAGCAGCACGGGCUCGCUGCCCACGAGGUGCAGGGGCCCACCCAGUGCUGCGACUUCCUGGGGCUAUCGGCGCGGGCGCUGCGGGCGCCGACGAUCGGCGCCGCGCUGAGAGCGCAGAGGACGACGAAGCUGCCGAGGAUGAGAUGCUCACGGGCUCUAGUUCGGAGGUUGAGGGAUCUGGCGACGGCGACGAGUCUGGCUUCAUGCAAGACGGCCAGUUACGAAGGCCAGCGACAGAAGGUGCGCGACAGUCGGACGGAGAUGCCGCUUCGCUGCCCCAGGGGGCAGAAGACGCGGGAGAAGCUGGAGACGCGCCAGUCGUCGCUAGUGCUCCGGUGACAUCAGGCUCGCGAGCCGAGGUUGCACGCAUGGGCGAGGGCGGCGAUUGCGACCUCCACGGCGGCGAGGAGGACAAUGGCGUCGACGACUUCAGCGACGUUUGUGACGACUCGGAUCUGUUCCACACGGAAGCAGAGGACGUCGGGGCGCCGCGCGCUGACGAGGACCGUACGUUGGAGCAGCUGCUGGGCCCCGACGCGGCCAGCAGCCUGGAGAAGUCGAUCGCCGUGGGGCUCGGCGAGGGCUUCAGGCAGGAGGACCUCCGAGCCGCCCUGCGCACGCCAGCGGUUGAGAGAGCCGUGGGGGCCGUGCUGAAGGACGGCAUCUUCGAGUUCCUGCAGACGGUGGACCUGCUCGGGAACGCAGUGAGUCGGCUUCCCGUCCUCGGCCCGUUCCGGCAGCAGGUCGUGGAGGGCCUGCGGAGGGAGGUGGACCGCGUUCUCGGGGCGCAGAUCGACGGCUUCUUGGGGCGCUACACGAGGCUCGCCGCGGAGCGCACGCUGCUGCCGCUCCUCACGGCCGACGGCAACCGGGCGGAGCUGGCCAAGUCGGCUGGGCAGCUGACCCGGUACGCCUUGGGCCAGCAGGUCAGGGACGUGUUGCCGCCGCCGGGGACGGCCGCGGAGCUUCGCAGGGAAGCCCUGCAGGGCCUGCGGGGCCUCGACGCCGCCGCUGCGGCGCGCGAGGUCGCGGCGGCGGCGCGGCGGCUGCUGCGCAAGCGGCCCGAGCCGGCGGUCAGCCCGGCCGUGGUGUCCGCCACCAUGGGCCCGCUGAACGACGCGCUGGAGUCGCAGCUGCGGCGGUUCCUGCCCGCGGUGCCUGCCCGUGCGCCGCCAGGCGGCGGCGGCGGCGGUGCCCGGGAGGUCUCGGACGCCCUGGCCGCGGAGCUGCUCGAAAGCCCAGCGCUGGCCGGCCUGGCGGGCGACCGCCGGCAGCGCCUGCGGGACAGCGUAUCCUUGGACGAGUCCCUGUCGCUGGCGCAGCCAGCCCUGGCCUCGGCGGGGCACCGGCUGCAGGCGGCUGUGGCGGCGGUGGCGGGAGAGCCGUUGGCGGCGCUCGGCGUCGCCGCGUCGGCCGCGCCCGCGCAGCCCUCUGCCGGAGGAGGCGGCGCCGCCGCGGCCGCCGUGCCUGGGCAGCUUCGGGUACUGCUCCCACCUCCGCCUUCGCCGCCGGAGGUGCAGGUCCCGAGAUCGCCGGCGGGCGGCGAGGGGCCGCCGCCGCCCCCGGCCGAGGACGGGCACGGAGGGGACCCGGCCUCCGCCAACCCCGUCACGGCCCGCCCCGCCGGUGACGCAGAGCGGAGGCUUCCGCAGCUGCGGAUCGACUACGCGGCCUCCCCGCAAAAGCAGAAGUUGCAGCGGAAGAUGGCCGCGCGUGAGCGCGAUCAGCUGAAAGGCGCCGCGGGCAGCGCCGCGACCGGGCCGGCCGGCGAGGCGGCGCCGGGCGAGGAUCCCCUCAUGGACGAGAAUGCCGUCGAGGCCUUGCUGCGGGAGCUCGAGGACAUCCCGAAGCUGUCGAAGAAAAGACGGCAGCAGCAGCCGAGGCCAGGGAUGCCAGCGCACGGGCGCGAGAGCCCAGAGCUCGAAGCCCACUUCGCCCCCACGACGCAGAAGCAACAUCAGUUCCAGUUCCUUGAGCAGGAGGUGCCAGCGGCGCUCGCGCGGCUGCAUAAAGUAGAGGCAGCGCGCGAGGCCGAGGCAGCCAAGUCCGCGCUCACCAAAGCCACGGUGCUAGAUCUGUUCGAAAGGGGCAUGUUCGAGAUGGACCGCUUCGGCGCGGGCGAAAGCGAGCACGAGGCAUACCAGAAACUCGAGACUCAGCUGCAGUUCGAGCUCACCGCCGCGGCGCAGAACGUCUUCGGCGCGGGCGCGCAGGCACUGGACGCAAAGCGGCAGGAUAUGCAGUUCAUGCGCGACCACCUCACCGCAAAGAGAAGGCCAGUCCCGACCGACAGCGACAAGGGCGACGUCAAGGAUCGACGCGCCCCCUGCGUGCUCAACUUCAUCGUCUGCAUGGAAGUCCCCGGCGCCCUCUUCGAGUCGGGCGCGGACCUGGGCAUGCGACUCCAGCUGGCGCGCGGCGCGUCCGAGCAGCGACCAAGAUGCAGACGGAGACUGGACGGACACCGGGCAACUGCCGCCCCCGACGCGCGCUCUGCUCACCGCGUUCACGGCGUCGGCGCGGCUGAUGGCACCGACUGCGGGGGUCGCCAGUCGCCAGCGCGACGCAGCGCGAACGCCGCGGGGGGCCGCAAUGCUUUUGCGGCACGCACUCGCCGCAAGAGCACCCCGGCACCAGACGGCACAGGCGACCUUCCAAAGCGACCAGACUGCCAGCGCAGCAAGGGACGAAAGACCCACAUCACGUCUGUGAACAUCACGCGCCGGAGCGACCCAAGGGACAUCGCAGCGGCCCUCAUCCAGGAACGCCGCCCGGACGAGUUCAAGACGGACAGCCCCAUGGAGGCGGCCAGACCCCAGGUCGCGGUUAGGCAGCUGGAUUCCCACCGUGAUUGGAUUCACGCGCCUUUCACCGCGGCGCGCGGUGUUUGGGUCGCCAACGAGGGGCCGAAGGACGGCCCUAUCCUGGCCUCGAUGAAUUUCCGCACCUCCCGCGACCUGGACGACGCCAACGCGGCGACCUGCAUCGCUCCCAGCAGCGCCCGCAUCAUCGACUUCGCUGUCAGCCGCAACAUGGACACAUGCAGGACAGGUGCGCGCGACGAACUCUCCGCCCCCACCCGCGCGGCGGCGGCGCGCGAGCUGGGCGCGGGCGCCGCCCCCGCGACCAUGGCCGCAACGCGCGCGGCCGAGACCUUCCCGGCAGACCCGGCCAUCGGCCUUAGAAGCCCUCCGCCGAGCUGCGACGCGUCAUGA